GCCGCCGCCGCCGCUGCUGCUGCUGCUGCUGCUGCAUCGAAAGCCAAGAACAAUAAGGAAGACACGAUUGAAUACUUAUCAGAUGAAGAAGAGAUUUCACAAGAGAUGAGCGCCAUGGGAUUCCAACCUGUGACAAAAUCCGAACCCUUGGCCAAGAUCCCAUCUUCCAAACGAGUGAAUAUCUCUGAAGAAUAUCAGAAACGAUCGAGUGCCAAACCCAAGUUAAACCUGGUCGUGAUUGGUCAUGUGGAUGCGGGUAAAUCCACGCUGAUGGGACAUUUCCUCUAUGACCUGGGACAAGUAAAUGAACGUACAAUGCGUAAAUUUGAACGUGACUCUCAAAAGAUAGGUAAAGGUUCGUUUGCCUAUGCCUGGGUAUUGGAUGAGACAGGUGAGGAACGGGAUCGUGGUAUUACCAUGGAUAUUGCCACCAACCAUUUCGAGACCGAACAUAAAUCCUUUACGUUACUGGAUGCACCGGGUCAUCGCGAUUUUAUUCCCAACAUGAUUUCAGGUACAGCACAAGCCGACGCUGCUAUCCUUGUGGUAGAUGCUUCUACCAACGCCUUUGAAGCAGGGUUUGAUGCGGGUGGACAGACCAAGGAACAUGCGGUCCUUGCCAGAAGUCUUGGUGUACAACAACUCAUCAUCGCCAUCAAUAAAUUAGACAUGGCUCUCUGGAAUCAAUCACGUUUCGAUGAAAUUCAAACCAAAUUAAAGUCCUAUCUUGUGCAUGUAGGUUUCAAGAAAUCCAACUUGGUCUUUGUACCCGUCUCUGGUUUAACUGGUGAAAACCUCAUUAAAAGAAGCACACUUCCCGAAUUACAAUGGUAUAAGGGUGGAUCGUUAAUGCAACAUAUUGAUGGGUUUGCUCCUCCUGUGCGAUUGCUUGAUAAACCUUUGCGUAUGCGCGUGACGGAUUUCUUCAAGGGAGGUAUUGGUAGUAGUGGUGGUGUCUCGGUGGCAGGUAACAUUGAGUCUGGAAGUAUGCAAGUGGGUGAGCAAGUGAUGAUCGUUCCCGGUAAUGAAUUAGGGUAUGUGAAAACCAUGCAAGUGAACGAAGAACCCGCUAAUUGGGCUGCAGCUGGUGAUUCCGUCUUGAUGACGCUUGUGAAUCUGGACAUUAUGAAUCUGAGUAACGGAUGUCUGGUGUGUACAGCAUCGAAGCCAGUUCCGGUGACAAGUACGUUUGAAGCACAAAUUGUGGUGUUUGACAUUCGUAUCCCCAUCACGCCAGGAUAUCCUGUCGUACUGCAUCACGGCAGUUUAGAUGAACCUGCAUUUAUUGCUAAACUGAUUGAGGUCCUGGAUAAAUCCACAGGAGAAGUCAUCAAGAAGAACCCACGUUGUCUGUCCAAAGGCAUGACGGCUAAAGUUCAAAUCAAACUCUCUCAACGUCCUAUCCCCUUGGAAACCUUCAAGGACAAUAAACAAUUAGGUCGCGUCAUGUUACGUAAAGAUGGAGAGACGGUAGCGGCUGGCGUCGUAAACGAAAUAUUGACCUAUGGCUCAUAGAAAAAAAAACAAUAAACUUUAAUUUUUGAAACUA